GUUCAAAGCGCGCAGAACUCAGAAACGCAAAAAAUAUAAUAAAACAAAGACUAAAUUUAAAUAUCGGUAGAACGAGAAAGAUCGGUGACAAGUGCAAUCUACAGAACACGAAAAUGAUUACCAACAGAAUGGCUCACCUGCUGGGUUGGGGAAUAAUGAUCUUGCUGCUCGUUUGGGAGCCCACUCCCACGCACAGCUAUGCGUUGGGUCACUCGAAGUUCGGACGGAUCGAGAAGUUCCCCUACCAGGUGAUGCUCAUCGGCAAGCAGCUGUGGCGCAAACGCAUCCUGUGCGGCGGAACCCUGCUCGAUCGCCGUUGGGUCCUCACCGCCGGACAUUGCACCAUGGGAGUGACCCACUUCGAUGUGUAUCUGGGCACCAAGAGCGUGGAGGAUACCCAGCAGUCGGGAGGAUUGGUCCUGCGAUCGAACAAGUUCAUCGUCCAUGAGCGAUUCAGUCCCGAGACGGCGGCCAAUGAUAUUGCCCUGGUGAAGCUGCCGCAGGAUAUUGGAUUCACCUCGAGGAUCCAACCCGCUUCGUUGCCCAACAGAUUCCGGCAUGAUCAGUUCGCGGGGAUGAGCGUGGUGGCCAGCGGAUGGGGCGCCAUGGUGGAGAUGACCAACUCGGAUUUGAUGCAGUACACCGAACUGAAGGUGAUCUCGAACGCGGAGUGCGCCCAGGAGUACGACGUGGUCACCGCCGGUGUGAUCUGUGCCAAGGGACUGCGGGACGAGACCGUGUGCACCGGCGACUCUGGAGGACCGCUGGUGCUCAAGGACACCCAGGUGGUGGUGGGCAUUACCAGUUUCGGACCCGCCGACGGGUGUGAGACCAAUAUUCCCGGCGGAUUCACCCGGGUAACGCACUAUCUGGACUGGAUCGAGAGCAGGAUUGGUGGUCACAGUGCAGCACCUCCACAUCAGCAGUACCUGCGACCCCAGCAUCCGCAACAUCCACAACUCCACCAUCAGUACAGUGAUAACAAUCUCAUUUGAGAUGGGUCUCCUUGCAGCUCGUCCGCCAUCCGACUGAAUCUUUAUAGCUUUAUGUUUAAAAGAAAUUCUCCAAUCUUGUGAUAUAUCUCUCAUUGAAAUCUGUACAUUGUUUUUAGCUUUAACUAUUUAAACAUCUAUAUUUAUUUUAGUUGUAAGAGUGACAACGGCCACUGAGAAAAUCAAAAAAACGAGAUAAAAAUCAAGCCGCAAAACAAAAAGAAAGCAACAAA